AUGUCUUUAGAGCCAACGUUGGGCGAGCGAAGACGACAUCACUCAUCCCGGAUCCAGGGACCUCCUCCAUUAACCACCCAACAGAAGCCUCAUCAAUGGCCACUAGAGCGCCCAAAGAACAAGACUCGGGUGUUGACUACGCGUGCAGGAAAGCUCUGGUAUGUCAAGAGUGCUGAGGGCGUCAUCGAUCCCCGGAACGAGGCUUACAAGGCCAUCUUCAAAUCCGUCGCUGGAUACGACAAACUCCCUCUGCCAAGGUCGCAUCAAGUCAUGUACACAAGCCUGAAUUUGCGCAAGUACCUGGAUCGAACCCACUGCCUGAUGCUGCUUCACGCGCUGUCCAAGCAGAGAGUCAAAAUAUGGUUACAAAUUGGGAAUAGUCCCAAGUCCAACGUCCACGUUGACCAGGCCACCGUCCUGAUCCUUUCCAUUGCCUUGCGCUCUAGGUCAGGGAAAAAAGCCGAUCUUGUCGGUGAGCUGAUUGGUCUGGCCCACCCGAGAACGCUGGAGUAUCUUGCCAGAUACAUCCGGCCACCACUGUGUGACGCCUCAAUCAUCGCCAGCCUCGUCAACGCCACGGUGCGACAGUACACGCAACCCCGCCGCGCCAACAAUGGGGAAUUCGGCUCGUUUCAACUCUUCAGACUCGUUCCCCCGAUCAUCGCAGAUCUCCUCAUGAAACUCGAUCAGAGCACCACCACCAACUUCCUGAAAGGAGUCUUGACCAGACUGAUCACCAGUCACCCAAACGAGCACAAAGAGCGAGGCAUGAAACUUGGGCUCCUCCUAGUCGGGAUUCGCAAAGCGCUCCGUCGAUUGCUGGAAAACGACAAGAAGAACCGCUCGCGCUUCGAGUUAUUGGUCGACUGUGUCUUUGGACUCUUGUCCAGUGCAGGCCCCUUGGGCGUGGGCGGUGCGCUGACAGUCGUCCAGCUUCUCGUCAAGGAGGUUUGGAAAGCAAAGGGGGACCGCAGGGAGAGGAAGCUCAGGGAACUCUGGGAGGGCAUAGUCUCGCAGGCGGAUAUCCUGAUUGAGAAGAAUCUGGCGAGCGAUAAAUACCAGAUUCUCAAUUUCCACACCUGCAGAUCCUGGAUGAGGAAAGUGGACACUGAAUGGUUUAUCUGA